AUUUUAAUAAAGAUUCCGUGAACUCACACGACACGAGUUGAGAUAAUUUUUUUUGGAUCAAUUUACAUCAUAAAUAUAAAACUUUAAAAGACAAACAAAUUAGAAAUGGAGAAAAUUUCCAACCUUCCAAAUAAUCCAAACUGUAGUUAUUACUUCUAUUGAAAUAUUGAAGAAACAAGUUCUUAUUCUUUCUUCAACAGCUUCAAGCUUCAUCAUAUGAUUAUUAUUGAAGGUUUCAUCCAAAAUUCUCCAAAUUUCUAGAGUUUUGUCAUCUUUGUUCAUACGAAAAUGCCAGUAAUUGUAGAUAGACCUUUGAUUUACACCUUAAAUCCUUGCUAUAAACCUAAUUAUUACUGCCAUGGAUUAAGCUACUUCUGUUCAUCUUCUUUUUCUAGGGUUUCUCUCUCCAAUUUCAUAAGACAUUCAUCAUCACCGCACACUAUGUAUCGACAAGUUAGGGUUUCAAUUUACAGAGAUUUGUACAAUUCCUCUUUAAUUCGAAAGAGUAAUUCCGGAAUUCGAGCAAAUAGUUCUUGCGAACAUGAUUCAAAUUCGACAUCAAGCUCGUCAUCAUCGUCGGAUAAAAGCGACACAAAACAAGUGAAUAAAGAAGCAUCAAACUCGACUUCUUCGUCGCAAUCGUCGUCCUCCUCGUCAAGGAGAGAGAAAGAGGGAAAAAGUUGGUUCAGAGGUACCGGAGGAAAAUGGCGAUGGCAGCCAUUGAUACAAGCUCAAGAAAUUGGGGUUUUACUUUUACAAUUAGGGAUUGUGAUGUUUGUUAUGAGAUUACUUAGGCCUGGGAUUCAAUUACCAGGGUCCGAACCGAGGCCUCCGACGAUGUUUGUUAGUGUACCUUAUAGUGAAUUCUUGAAUAAGAUUAAUGGUAAUCAAGUUCAGAAAGUUGAGGUGGAUGGAGUUCAUAUACUUUUCAAGUUAAAGAAUGAGGGUUCAAAUGGUGCUGUGGAAAUUGAGUCGAAGGGGAGUGAGAGUAGUUUUCAGGAUUCAGAGUCUUUAUUGAGGAGUGUGGCGCCGACCAAGAGGAUAGUCUAUACUACAACUAGACCAGUUGAUAUAAAGACUCCUUAUGAGAAAAUGCUGGAGAAUAAUGUUGAGUUUGGUUCCCCUGAUAAACGAUCAGGAGGGUUUUUAAAUUCAGCUUUGAUAGCCUUGUUCUAUGUUGCUGUUCUAGCUGGACUUCUCCAAAGAUUCCCAGUUAAUUUUUCACAGCAUACAGCGGGUCAGCUUAGAAACCGUAAAUCAGGGAGUUCUGGUGGUACCAAAGUAUCUGAGCAAGGAGAAACCAUCACUUUUGCAGAUGUUGCAGGUGUGGAUGAAGCUAAAGAGGAAUUAGAAGAAAUUGUGGAAUUCUUAAGGAACCCUGACAGGUAUAUACGACUUGGAGCACGCCCGCCUCGGGGUGUUUUGCUGGUUGGUCUGCCAGGGACAGGUAAGACUCUUCUGGCAAAGGCUGUUGCUGGGGAAGCAGAAGUUCCAUUCAUUAGUUGUUCUGCUAGCGAAUUUGUUGAACUCUAUGUCGGCAUGGGGGCAUCACGGGUGCGUGAUCUCUUUGCUCGUGCAAAGAAAGAAGCACCUUCAAUCAUAUUUAUUGAUGAGAUCGAUGCAGUUGCUAAGAGUCGUGAUGGCAAAUUUCGGAUAGUGAGCAAUGAUGAGCGAGAACAAACGCUAAACCAGCUGCUGACAGAGAUGGAUGGAUUUGAUAGCAAUUCGGCUGUAAUUGUUCUUGGAGCAACUAAUCGUGCUGAUGUCUUAGAUCCUGCUCUUCGUAGGCCUGGGAGGUUUGAUCGAGUGGUUAUGGUGGAAACGCCAGAUAGGAUUGGAAGGGAAUCCAUAUUGAAAGUGCAUGCUUCGAAGAAAGAGCUUCCUCUUGGGGAUGAUGUUGAUCUUAGUGACAUUGCUUGUAUGACUACUGGUUUCACAGGGGCAGACCUUGCCAAUUUGGUAAAUGAAGCUGCUCUGCUGGCUGGUAGACAGAAUAAAUUUGUUGUGGAGAAAAUCGAUUUUAUACAAGCUGUGGAGCGAUCAAUAGCAGGGAUAGAGAAGAAAACUACGAAAUUGCAGGGAAUUGAGAAGGCUGUUGUUGCUCGUCAUGAAGUUGGCCAUGCAGUUGUAGGGACUGCAGUUGCAAAUCUUCUUCCUGGACAACCUCGAGUUGAGAAGUUGAGUAUAUUGCCAAGGUCUGGAGGUGCAUUGGGUUUUACUUAUAUCCCUCCCACAAAUGAAGACAGAUAUCUUCUUUUUGUGGAUGAGCUUCGAGGGCGACUAGUUACACUUCUUGGAGGUCGUGCAGCAGAAGAAUUCGCUUAUGCAGGACGAGUGUCAACUGGUGCACUUGAUGAUAUCAGGAGAGCUACUGAUAUGGCGUACAAAGCAAUAGCAGAGUAUGGUCUUAGCGAAAACAUUGGUCCAUUAUCUUUAGCAACACUAUCUGGUGGUGGGAUUGAUGAUUCAGGGGCUGCUCCUUGGGGAAGGGAUCAGGGGCAUCUUGUUGAUCUUGUUCAAAGAGAGGUACAAGCACUUCUGCAGUCAGCACUUGACAUGGCAUUAUGUGUUGUACGUGCUAAUCCUAAUGUUUUGGAAGGGCUGGGUGCUUAUUUAGAAGCGAAAGAGAAAGUGGAAGGCGAAGAACUACAAGAAUGGUUAAAAAAGGUGGUUGCACCAGCUGAACUCUCAGUGUUCAUUCAAGGCAAGCAAGAGGCUUUUCUCCAACUACAACGAGUGCCUGAAUGAGAGUUACAACUUUGGCAUUCAAAAACUCGGAUGCAAGAAUUGGUUGUUUUAUAGGUACUAGUCGACACUUGAUUUGCCGUUUUACUCCUGUAUACACACACCCUUCUCUUUCUUCCAGGGAAAUGCAUUUUUCUGCAUAAAACCGACAUCAACUUCCUCUGUAACACUUUAAAGGGUUGAAAUUGGAAGCAUUGAAGCACUGAUGAUUGCUUAGAAGACUGUAAAAGAGAUGAAAUGGACAGUGCUGUAAUUUCAUUCACAAAAUGAUCAGCUUUGUAUGAUAUCUAAAUUUUUCUGUAUAUGUAAUUAUUUAUUUCAGGAAAAUAUAGUUUGAUACUAUGAUUGUAACCUGUGCUUUUCUGUAUAUACUUAGCCCCAUCUUUGGAAAUAUCAUUUAUAAAUCAGUUUCAAAUC